CUAUAUAGUCUAAAGUUUCAUUUUCCCAACCAUCUCUUUUAACCUUCCAAUGGUUUAUUCCCCCUACUAGUAACAGGGAACCGAGGCCGAACCGCCAAAGUGAUCAAUUAGUCAUUUCUUCAACCCAACUUUCCCAGGAUACAAGUCACAGAGGGGAAAAGAAAAACCAUGAUUCAGUCUCAUGUGAGCUUCUGAAAUUUAAAGCCCCAUUUAUGAUUCUUGGACUUCGGUUAUCUUCCAAGUGAGUUUUGAGGCACCCUUUUUGGGAAAGAGAUCUGGGAUUUCUUCAAAAUCUUGUCUUUUUCCGUGGAGUGUAAAUAUUGUGGAAGUUGAAGAGGCUUCAGGGAUCAAAGAGUCAUAUAGGCCGGUGGGAUUUCCAUAAUUUGUUCAUUGGAGCUAAGAAAGUUUCCAUUUUGGCAUUUAUUACGCCAAGAUUUAGUUGAUAUUGAGGUGGAAAGCUGUUCAAGAAUCAGUUUUUACAACUAGAGGUGCUGUGGUGGUUCUGUUUUUGAUUCUUUUAUGUCAUGGUUAAAUCAUUUAUGAGCAGAAUGCUAGCAGGAAAUGGCCUGCUAUAUCCAAUUCUUGGCUUUGCAUCGUGUAUUGCUUUCAUAUAUUUGUCAUUUGGGGACCUUUGGAUUAAUUUCAAUACAGAAACAAAGCUGAGUUUUGUGGAGAGGAAUGGGACUCACUUCUUUCUGGAUGGUAGAGUUUUUCACAUUAAUGGUUGGAAUUCUUACUGGAUGAUGGACCAUGCUGUGGAUGAACAUAAAAGACCUAGGGUGAAAGCAAUGCUGCAAGUUGGAGCGAAGAUGGGAUUCACUGUUUGUCGGACUUGGGCCUUCAAUGAUGGUGAUUACAAUGCUCUCCAGAUUUCUCCUGGUCGAUUUGAUGAAAAAGUUUUCAGAGCCUUGGAUCAUGUAAUAGCAGAAGCCAGACGACAAGGAAUCAGGCUUAUCCUUUGCUUAGUCAACAACUUGAAAGCAUAUGGUGGAAAGACUCAAUACGUCAAAUGGGCGUGGGAUGAGGGUGUUGGUAUAAGCUCUUCUAACGAUUCUUUCUUCUACGAUCCAUCCAUCCGUCAUUACUUCAAAAACUAUGCCAAGACAGUUCUUACAAGAAAGAACACAAUCACUGGAAUUGAGUACAGGGAUGACCCUACUAUACUUGCAUGGGAAUUAAUUAAUGAACCCCGCUGCAUAACUGACCCUUCAGGUGACACUCUCCAAGACUGGAUUGAAGAAAUGUCAACUUAUGUAAAAUCAAUUGACGGGAAUCAUCUCAUAACUGUGGGUCUUGAAGGAUUCUAUGGUCCUAAAAGUCCAAAAAGGUUGACUGUCAAUCCAGAAUUUUGGGCUGCUGAUCUGGGAUCUGAUUUCAUUCGCAAUUCCAAGAUCUCAACCGUUGAUUUUGCCUCUGUCCAUAUUUAUCCUGACCACUGGUUCCACGAUCAAGCCUUUGAAGAAAAACUCAAAUUUGUUUCUAAAUGGAUGCUUUCUCACAUUGAAGAUGGUGACGGAGAGCUGAAAAAGCCUGUACUUUUUACUGAAUUUGGACUGUCAGACGAAAACAAGAAUUUUACGCCGUCUCAAAGAGAUAAAUUCAUGAAACUUAUUCUUGAUAUCAUCUACAAGUCUGCAAAAAAAGACAAGGCUGGGGCAGGAUCCUUCGUAUGGCAAUUCUUUGUUGGAGGGAUGGAAAAGUACUAUGACGAUUUUGCAAUUGUUCCGUGGGAGAGGCCAUCAACAUAUCAGUUAUUUACACGACAAUCAUGUAAGUUAGCUGCAAUUCAAGGAGUUUUACCUUCACAGAAGCAACACUUGAAAGAUUUCUGUUCGCAUAAACAAUGAUCUAAACAUUCGCUUCUUAAGGAAUAUAGAAGAUAAAAAAUACGUCUGAAUUUCAUUUGGUAACUUCACAAAUGAAUGCCACAGGAGAAAUGUGGUCUUUCUUUUGUCACUUCUCCUUAGUCUAUAUGUAGUAGGCGAGCUACAGGCAUUUAGUAGUUGUGCACUUUACUCGCACUCCAUUUCUGUAUAAUUUUGGAGUGUAAUACUUUCUGAUUCUUUUAUGCAUUGUUGAUAAUUUGAUAUUCAGCUGA